CAAAGAUCUUCAGAGCUUCUUCAGCUUCUACCAGCAGCAGCACAAAGGUCCACACAAGCCAGCAGCCUGGUGAUGAAGAUGAUGAGCCGUCCACUCCCCCAAUACAGGAUGUUGACCAGCAACACUUAGAGGAGGAAACUGGUUGUGAACCAACGUUGUCUGGAGCUCCACCUACUAAGCAGACACCUCUGUACCAGUGCAACCCCACACCUCCACAGGACAUCAGUUUGUUCCAGCCAAGGAGCAGUGGGCUGAUGAACAAACUGAGACCCAGAUCUGAAAGCAGGAAGAGAACCUUACUGAGGAGCAGCCAAAGAUGUUCGCCAAAGAGAUCCUGUCAGACAAGCUGGAAGAGCCUGUGUUUGUGCUCGAUCAGGUUCCUGUUUCUCCUCCAGUUCUAUGUUGCCAGUCUUCACAGAAACAGAAAAGACAGAGAAGCCCCUCUCCAUCAGCUUCUACAUGCUCUCCACCACCUUUCUCCCCAACAGACCAACCACAUCUCCAAUUGCUUCAUGAAAAUAAGAAGAGAAAGGGGCAAAGAAGAAGUAGAAAUUCAUUGGUUGCCUUGUGGUGUUUGUGGUAAAAACUGGGAGGACACGUGGGAACCUGCAACCUCCCAACACUUAGCCGUGCCUGAAGUUCCACCUCCUUCAGCCUGCGAGGAAGUCCUUCUGUGAACUGGUUUGUUUUCCUUGUAUCUUGUAAACUGUAGUUAUGUUCUGUCCAGAGUUUUAAUGUCAGCUGUUCACAUUGUUAUGUUUGUAAUGCUGUUGUUAUCUAAUGUUAUGUUGGGAUUUUUAUUUACACAAUUUAUUUCAUUGUCUGUAAAAAAUUAAAUAAAAUGUGAGUCCCGACUAAAAUCUGUAAUUCAAACUGGAUGAUGCUGGUUUAGUCACUGCAGCAGCAAACAUCUGCCUUUUUUGAGGCCUGUAAUUUACAACAGAAAUUUGUGCUCAUUUUUUCAGUAAAUGUUUUUUUUUUCAACAACACACAAAUAUAUAAGUUAAAGCUACGUUUACCGCACAAUUUCCUAGAGAGUUUUGCCAUCCUCAAGUGAAACUACAAACAUUUUCAUUGUGAGGCAGAAUUCUGAUAUCCUAAACUUAAAAGCUUAAACUUCAAUUAGCCAAAUUAUAUUUUCUCUUCUUUGUACAACAGUGAAAGUGAACUUAUUUCAGGCGCUAGCUUCUGUUGAGGUAAAAUAAUGCUAUCACUGAUAUUCUUGCGGCCUCAACCUCUCCCAGUCCGGAUGUCGUGAGAAAGAACAGAUGAAGAGCAGGAAAUUAAGAUUAA